ACUCACGCACAGCAGACGCAGUGCAACAGUUGACCAGUGAACAGCUCAAUCAUGAAUCAUCGCUGCGAUCUUCAGUUGGAGAAACCCAGUGGUAUCUACUACGCCGGCGAGACAGUCAAUGGCUGCAUCUAUUUAACGCUGCCGGAGCGCGCGCUAAUCAGAGCCAUUGCCUUGGAAUCGAAUGGGUUUGCGUGCAGCGCUUGGUUGCAGCCUCAGCAAAAGAAGAAGAAGCAACCGAAAGUACCAAAGCCCCCACUUUCCUAUGAACAGCGUGUGGAUUACUUUGCGAAGGUUGACUAUUUCCUGGGCUCCGAGUCAUCACUGCCGCAGCUCCUUGAUGCAGGCUGCUACAGAUACGACUUUAGCGUCCAGUUGCCAGCGAAUUGCCCCAGCAGCUAUGAGGGCGCCAAUGGCCAUAUACGCUACACUCUAAAAUUGCUACUACACAGUAGCACGGAUCGACCAGUGGAGGUUGUCUUGAAUCGACAAUUGCAGGUGCAGCCACGUUCCGAGGAUAGCUCAGCACCUGAUCUAGGCGCCUGCGAAGCGCAAGCUGUGGAGCCAACACCUGCGCUGAAAUUCUGGCGAAAGCCGCUGCGGCUGCACUUAGAUAUACCCAGGGCAGGCUACGAGCCCGGCACAGGAAUAUCGGUGCAUGUGAGACUGCAAAAUUUGCAAGAAUUGCCCUUGAGCAUGCUGACCUACAAGUUGAAUCAGAUGACCACCUACGUGGCCCGACAAAAGGACAAGGCCAAGCGGAGUGAGUUUAAAGUAGAGCGCCGUCAGCUACUGAGCAGCAGUCACCAGCUGCAGAGUGUGCCACACGGCGAGCUGCAGAAUUUUCAGCACUUGUACACCUUGCAAGUGCCAAUCACACCGCCCACAUUAAGCAGCACUGCCUGUGCCUGCCUUCAACUCAGCUACGAGGUGGAGGUGAUUGUCCAGACCAAGCAUAAAAAGCGUUUUAUUAUGGCUCACAUACCGAUAAUAAUAUCAAAUGCGCCCCAUAUCCUGCAGUGUGUUAAGCAGGAUGGCGGCAUACAUAGUUCCCAUUUCGAUUUGGCGGCCAUGUCUCCUACUCAGACACCCGAACGUCUGGCCACAACGUCUGCUUUAGCUGCCACAAACUUAAGCGCUUCCAUGAGUUCUUUGGCUUCUAGUUUUCGUGAGGCGGAAUUCAUGGCGAUCACUAAUCUGAACAAGAAAGACAAACAUGCCAUGUCUGGGGAGCAACUCGAUUUUAGGCCACGUUAUCUCUACUACGAGAUCGAGCAUGCCGACACGGAAAAGGUGCUUUAGGCUCACAGACAUAUUUAUGAAAUAACUGAAAUAAGAUAAUUAUUAAAGAUUUUAAAAUUUGAAGACCAA